AUGGCUUCCAACGACGAUAGCCGCUCCACCGACAAUAAGGCUUCCAUCGCCCUCCUGCGCCGGAGACCACGUCCACUUCGUCCAUCACGUCGACCUGGAGGCUGGAGCCGGUGCCAGGCACCGGUCUCGAUGACGGUGGCUACAGCAGCGUCUGGCGUGGAGUGGGAGCACGGCGGCGACUUCAACUUCAAUAUCGAAGACUUCAACUUCUACGUCGACGAGAGCAUGCUGCGAUACGAGCCGGAGCCGGGGCUGCAGCAGCCAACAAUCGCCGAGCCGGAGCAUGACGACCAGUUCAUCCAGCUACCGUGUGGUCCGGUGUUGGCUGCCGAAGCCUGCACCGUCGGAGAUAUGCUCGGCCCGGAGACUGCCGUGCAGCGAGGCGCAGAGUCGAAGCAUGAGCACGGCGACAAAUUAAAGACUUGA